UAGAGAGAGGCCCACUUGAGCUAGUAAGAUAAAAGAAAAAAGCUGUAAAGAAGGUCUAAGAGUACACCAAACUCAGAAGCAGGACUGAAUCCAGGACCACGACCAGGAGCGGCCCAGUUCACCAUGUCAGACUCCAUCAGAAGAAGAAGCUCCAGCAGGCAGCUUCUGCAGAACCUCAUCAGGGUGACAGCACAGCGGAGCCAGGAGGAUGCUGAAGAGAUUGAGCGGGAGAGAAGGAGAAGGGCCAGGGAAAAGCAGAGAGGAGAGAAGAGCCCGUCCUGGCUCGAGCCCACCCAACAGAACCACUACACACAAAACACAGAGUCAGAUGAGGAGCUGAAGCCCAGUUGCUCCGUGGGCCUGGAUGAAGAUGAAGGUUUCAGUGACUGGAGCCACAGGCUAGAAACCCGUAAUGAGCAAGAGAUGCAGAAUGGCUGCAGGGCAAAGGAGCAGAGACCUUCAGCAUCACCACCAAACCCUCAGAGUGACCAACAUCAGGUGGAUGAAGAGGGACAGGAGGAGGCAGGAGGACUAGAACCAAGGAGUAGGACCCAGGACACUUCAACAGAAGCUCCAGUGAAGACCUCGAAUGACAAAAAGGAAGUCAGGACAUCUUACAGCUCAUCGGUCUUCUUGGCACACGACACAAGGUUGCAGCACACAACCUGCCGGCCAGCAGAUAUGACAUCGUAUUUGGCAGCAGGAACAAUGAAGCCACGAUAUGCUCCCUACUCACUUGAAGAAGCCUGCAGGGUGAAGGGGGAGGUGGAGGUGCAAAAGGAACAGGAGGAAAAGAAUGAGAAUAACAAGCAUGAGCAGGAGAGAGAAGAAGAAGAGGUGCAGCCAACUCUGCAGAAAGAGAGGAGGCCGACAGAAAGCAGACAGACUCCAAGAGAUGAUGAACAGGAGGAAGAGGUGGACUUCACACAUGAAGUGAAGGAAGACCUCCACCACAUAAGGGUGUGGCGACACAGGGAUGACAAGAAUGAGGCGAGGGAGGACAAUGAAGAAGAAAGAACACUGCAAAACAAGCGACUGACAGACAGCAGAGACCAGUGGAGCGAGCUGGAAAACAGAAGCUCUGCCAUUUCUCUCUGCAACAGCAGUGAAGGCGAAGAGUCAUUAAACUGCUACGGUCCCAUGAGUCCAACAUUCAAGGUAACGUGCAAAACCGAGGGUGAUCUGUAGGACUUCUUUUGGUAUUUACUGGGUCUCCAUAAUCAUAUGGUGUCUAGUGUAAACCUCCUUACAGAAAAGGUAACAUCUACUAUGCUCCGGUACAAAAUUUGAUGUAUUGUACUCAAUGUUCCCUCUAAGCUGCGCACGUGCGCAAUUGCGCACUGCUGGCAUGGUCUCUGCGCACAAAAAAAAAAUCUAACCUGAAGUGAAAUUAAAAUUAAAACUUUAACAAUUCUGUUUUGCAGUGCUAGUCAGUAAUGUUGUGUUGG